AUGACAGCAGCCUUAGAAAAACAUAGAAAUGUGGAGAGCUCUGAAGCCAUGGCAGCCGACGUGCAGCGCCAUCUGGUGUUCAAGGUUAUUGAAAAACUGUGCAGAACAACUUCCGCCAGGUGUACAGCCACAGCCACGCGUCUCCUCCCCGACCAGUCCUCGCCCCUGGAGUUCUCGGCGCCCUGCUACUGUGCCGCCCUGCCCGAGGACAGCCCCUUGGCGGCCGUGGUAGGCACCCUCACCGCCACACACACGCAUGGCGCUGAGAUCAAGUACAGCAUCACGGGCGGCAACGUUGGGGGCCUCUUCACCAUCGACCAGCGCUCCGGCACCGUUACGCUGGCCGUCGCCCUGGACCACGAGCUCACUCACCAGCACCAGUUGGAGGUCACGGCGGAGGCAGGAGGAGCUGCAGCCCGCGCCCAGCUGGUGGUGCAGGUCGGGGACGUCAAUGACAAUGCCCCUGAGUUCGUACGUCCCGCCCCGCGCAUCACGGUUAUUGAGGAGGAUGACAGGGACUUGCCCGCCACUAUUGCCAGAGUGGAGGUGGUGGACGCGGACAGCAGUGACGCAGUGGGGCUGGCCUUCCGGGUGAGUGGUGACGGCGUGGAUCAGCUUGGUGACGGCGACGCCUUCUUCACCAUCAACGCCAGCACCGGAGACCUCAUCCAGCUCAGAGCACUGGACCGGGACCCGCCGCACGGGAGGGGCGAGUGGCGGCUGCGGGUGGAGGUGCGGGACGGCCAAGGAAGCGGGGAGGAACAGGAAGCAACCCCCGUACUGCCCCAUCCAUUCUCCCCAUCCCACCUCCACCGCCAGGCGUCUUGGGGCCACCAGGACCCCGAAAGAGAUAUCACUCCCACCCAAGCCUGGCCCCAGUACCUCCGAAGCGGUGACGCGGCCAUAGGAGAUACGGGGCACGGGAGGCCAGCUGACGGGGGAAGGAAAGAGCGCCAGGUGUCAGCUCAUAGGGAGCACCACAGCAUCGCGUCAGCCACAAGUGAGGGGCGGCUCUUCCCACUGCACAUGCAUAAAGGAUGGGCACAGAGAGGACUCGUUACGGAGCGAACCAGAGACAAAACUGAAGUGAGUGUGAGUGUGGGCGCGGGCCUAAUGGAGUUGGGCAUCCAGACGCCUGCCAGUGGGGAGGGCAGGACCAGCAAAAGAGAGGCUGCGGGAUGUCUUUCAGAGCAACAGGAUGUGAAGGCAAAGAGGAUAUUGAUUCCCGCGCCGCAGGGAAACAACUUGAAUGAAGACAUCGCGCCGUCCAGACGCCGUGACGGGGAUGUAUCUGCCGUCACGUUCCAGUUCCUGAGGCGGCGGGGCGGCGAAGAUGCGGGCGCCAUGGGGGGUGUGCAGUAUCGGGACAGGCGAUCCUUCCCGGCCUCGUACCCUGGAGUGACGGCGGCGGCUCGCGGCUCCCCGCCAAGCCAUCCAUCACCACAGACAGCAAUCACAGCCGCCGCGGGCCGCCGGGAGCGUAGGAAACAAAACUGGAAAACUUGGAGCCACAACUUGCAUUUACAUGUGAAGGACAAAUCAGAAUCCACUUCGCAAUUCCCUCUCAGCACCAAAAACAAGAGCGUGACAGGCUGGCACGACCCUCUCGCUCAGGCAGCGCGGAACGACCACCUGGGAACGCCCGCUCAUGACUUUCAGAUGAGGAACGUGAGCGCCUCCAGGAAGCUACGCCUCCCGAGAUUUCUAGGCCGCGGCGCUCACGUGGAAGUGCCGCCAUCAGAUCAACCACUAGGAAAUCCUCUCCAGGGAAGUGGACGAGGAAAGCGGCAGCUACGCGAGGAUCCGGGAGAGGCUCGCUGCGCCGUGAACACUGCGCCGCUGAGUGCAGCCGCACUCCCUCCUUGAACGAGAAGAAGUGGCUUAGUUAAUAUUCUGUGAUGUAAUGUUCCCGCCUGUGAUUUGUGGCGAUACUGAGAGGAGAUGGGGGAGGAGGAGGAGGAGGAGGAGGAAGGGCGGGGAGAUUAGAAGAUGGAAGAAGAAGAAGGAUAAGAAAGCCUUAAGAAAACAGUGAUAUAUAGACAAUAGGAGGAGGAGGUGGAGGAGGAGACAAUAAGAGGAGGAGGAGGAGGAGGAGGAAGGGCAGGGAGGUUAGAAGAUAGAAGAAGAAGAAGGAAUAGAAAGCUUUAAGAAAACAGUGAUACAUAGGCAACAGGAGGAGGAGGAGGAGGAGGAGGAGGAGGAGAAGGAGAAGGAGGAGGAGGAGGAGAACCUGGGGGAAGAUUACAAGGGAGCAGGAGAAGGACGAAACUAUGAGAAAAUAGUGAGAAAUAAGAAGAAGGAGGAAGAAGAGGAGGAUUACAAAAAGGCUACAAAUGACAAACAAAAGCAAAAGCAACAAUAAUAACAAUAGCAACCACAACAACAACAACAACAACAACAACAACAACAACAACAACAACAAAAACAACAACAACAACAGGAACAGGAAUAACAACAAGAUGAACGAAAAACUAGCAAAAAAAAAAGAGAAAAGAAGAUUGCAAGCAAGAAGACAAACAAAAAAAGAGAAAAAAACACACAAAAAACAAAACAAUAAAUAAACAAGGAAGGGGAAAAAAGACAAAAUGCAAAAUAAAAAAAAAUGUAAAUAGAGGGUGAAUAAAAUGAGAGGAAAUGAGAGAAGGAAAACAAGAGAAGAGACAGAAGGAAAUAAAAAAAGAUAAAUAAAUUGAGGGUGAAUGAAGGGAGAGGAAAGGAGAGGAGGAAAAUAAGAGAGAGAAAAAAAAAGAAAAUUGAUGCAGAAGAUGAAAAGAAGAAAAAAAGAAAACAGAAGUGAGAGAGAAAGAAAAUAAAUAGUUAAAACGCACAAUAAAGAUGAA